CGUGCGCAUUGCGAGCGUGCGGUCCGAUCUACAACUCAUCGCGUCCCGGAAGUGCUCCUCGGUUAAUGUUUGUGAGUCAGCGUUAAAGUCUGCGUCUAACUCCGACGCUGUCGGUUUUUUUUCGGCGCAGAUGUCACCGGGGGUUGAACCAUGAGCGGCCUUUCUGUACAAUAACGCUUAUUAUUACAUUCAACUCAAACCAAGAGACCGGACAGGAACUCUAGAAAAAGAGAGAAGGCUGGAAAAUGGACCACGAAUUCGAGGACAUUGAUUCGGAAGGCCGGUGGCAGAACCUCUACAUAGAUAUACGUAACCAGUCUCAGGAAUGUCCUUUCAAAGUAGCAAAGUAUCCAGAGAACCGCAACCGUAACAGAUACAGAGAUGUCAGCCCGUUUGAUCACAGUCGGGUAAAGUUGGGAAACACGGACAACGACUACAUCAACGCGAGCCUGGUGCCUGUGGAAGAAGCUCAAAGGAGCUACAUACUAACUCAGGGCCCUCUCAGAAACACUUGUGGUCAUUUCUGGCUGAUGAUCUGGGAACAGAAAACAAAAGCAGUCAUCAUGCUGAACAGAGUGAUAGAGAAAGGCUCGGAGAAGUGCGCUCAGUACUGGCCCACGCAGGAGGAGCGCGAGAUGGCGUUCAGGGACACGCGCUUCAUGGUGAGGCUGCUGUCAGAGGGAAAGUCGCACUACACCACACGCCUACUGGAGCUGCAGAACGUUCAGACUGGAGAGAAGAGAGAAAUCUAUCACUUUCAUUACACCACAUGGCCUGACUUCGGCGUCCCAGAAUCCCCUGCGUCGUUUCUCAACUUCUUGUUCAAGGUGCGAGAGUCGGGCUCGUUAGGGGCGGAGCAUGGGCCGGCCGUGGUGCACUGCAGUGCAGGGAUCGGACGCUCCGGAACCUUCUCCCUCGUAGACACUUGUCUCGUACUGAUGGAUAAGAAAAAGGACUCGUCCCAUGUUGACAUUAAGAAGGUGCUGCUGGACAUGAGGAGGUUCAGGAUGGGUCUGAUUCAGACUCCUGACCAGCUCCGCUUCUCAUACAUGGCUGUGCUGGAGGGAGCCAAGUGCAUCAUGGGGGAUUCAUCAGUACAGAAACGAUGGCAGGAGCUCUCUAACGAGGAUCAGGUGUGUGUACCCGAGUCUCCGUCACCUCCCAAAUGUCAGUCGGAGCGUUUCAACGGCACCCGCAAAAACCAAGCAGACGACACAGGAGAGAUUGAGGGAGCGAAAAAAACUUCAAAAGACGAAAGAGAAGCAGACGGAGACACGUGCACAUCGAACGCGCGCAAGAGACAGAGAGACGAGAAGAUCUCUGCACAGAAAACCUCUCCAAAGCAGACGAAGCCCAGGGCGAACGAGACGGAGAAGAAGAGGAAAAGAGCGAGAACGACCAGUGACACCUAACACCUCGGCAACCAGAGCAGGGAUCUCCAGACCAUAAUACUCCUCCACACUGUUUACAGCAUGGACUCUGAGGAGCGAGUGUGUCCUCAAACCAACACACACACACACACACACACCAGCAGAGCAGCGCUGGACUCGAGCACUGCCUUGGCUUUAAUCUCGGAUCACAAUUCGAACGAUGAUCUCUAUUUUUUUUUUCUUUCGCAGAAUCCGGCGUCGUAGUUCUAUGCAUCACCCGUUUGUAACUUCACAUUUUUAUUAGACGGACGUGUUUAUUUCUGAAAACACUCUAUUUUUUUAUAUGGGAGAGACGACUUGAGGUUCUUCCCCGGGACGUCGGGAUGAAACGAGUAUUUUUGAUAAGAUGAAAAAGUCUUAAGAGUUUCCUCUUUAGUGUAUAAAAGCAGCUGCAUUGUGUUUGUGUCAACGUUUCUAUCAGUCACGUGUUGGAAUAAAACGCAUUUUGUUUUUUACAAUAAA